UCUCUCUCUCGCUUUCUCUGGUUUGGGAUCGAAUGGGUCGACCACCACAUGGCGGAGGCCCCGUCUUCAGGUUCACGCAUAACGAGGUGGUGGAGAUGGAAAUGUGCUUGCAAGAAGUAAAUAAUGCAAUACCUGCCCGCGAAGUUAUAUGUGCUCUUGCAGAAAAGUUCAGCAAAUCUGCCGAACGAGCUGGAAAGAUUGCGGUGCAGCCGAAGCAGGUGUGGAACUGGUUCCAAAAUAGGAGAUAUGCCCAAAGGGCGAAAUUGGGUAAAGCACCUGGGAAGCUGAGCAUCUCACCUAUGCCUCGGGAUGAAUCACUUCCUUUCAGAAAUGUAGCUCCAGUUUCUGCUUCUUCAGGAAGAAAUUCUAUGGAUACUCCUCAAGUGGAGUUUGAGGCAAAAUCAGCUAGGGAUGGGGCAUGGUAUGAUGUUGCAGCCUUUCUUUCCCAUAGAAUGUUUGAAACAGGAGAUCCGGAAGUCCGUGUUCGGUUUUCUGGUUUUGGUGUCGAAGAGGAUGAGUGGGUUAAUGUACGCAGAUGUGUGAGACAGCGGUCUCUUCCAUGUGAAGCUGCUGAAUGUGUUGCAGUACUUCCAGGAGAUCUCAUACUUUGUUUUCAGGAAGGUAAAGAGCAGGCUCUCUAUUUUGAUGCUCAUGUCCUUGAUGCACAAAGACGGAGACAUGAUAUACGUGGAUGUCGAUGUAGAUUCUUGGUCCGCUAUGAUCAUGAUCAGUCUGAGGAAAUAGUACCAUUAAGGAAGGUUUGUAGGCGUCCAGAAACUGAUUACCGACUACAGUUACUGCAAGCCUCGAAAGCAUCAGGAUCUGUUGAUCUGCGGGCUCUACCCAAAGAUCCUUCUUUGGCAAAUGCUUCCAAGGAUGCAGGUCUGGUAGCACAGAGGACCCGGAAACAGCACAAGCUGAUGGAUGUUAACACAGAUGAAGUUACCACUGUCCCUGUUCCUCAUGCCAUGGGCAUGCAGACUACUAUAACCACAGCAGUUGAAAACAGUAACAGGGCAGCUCCAGAUGUCCCCAUGGAUGAUGCUGCGUUAAACACUGGUAAUGUUGAUAAACCACAAGAAGGAAGCGCAGCUGGUGGGUGAAUUGCUGUUUUUAGUAUGCUUUCUCCAUAGUGUUUUGACAUCAAGUAUAGGCACAAAAAAAAAGAGAUGUUCAAUAGGUAAUUUUGUCUGUCACUGGAGUUGUUUAUUAUGUUGUACAAGUACCUUUCAAAUCAUUAGAUGAUACAAAAAAAUUUUUGAUUGCCUGAAACUAUUGCGGUAAAAAUCGUUCAUCAGCUGCUGUAAGAGGGUUUGCCUGGUGGCAUUAUUCAUCUUUUGUAUUUUUUGGACCA